AUGGCUGCAACUACAGGAGAAAUAUUGUCAAGGUCAGAAAUAUCAUUGAGAAGACAAGGUUCAUCAGGUUUAAUAUGGGAUGAUAAAUUAUUAUCAGGGGAACUUAACAAAAUUUCAACUCAUGAUCAUCCUCAAGAACACAAGAAAAAAGAACAAAAAUCUUCAUCAUCGUCAGAACAAAAACCUCGUAUUAGUUAUCGUUCUGCAGAUAACUACAUAGAACCGUCCACUGAUCCUCCAUCUCCUAAGUUAUCUGGUUGUGGUGUUUGUGGCAUAUUUGGUAAGCCUGUUAAAUCCAACAAACCACGUAAAUCUGUUCGAC